GGUUCUGUGCUUCGUUUUGCAGCAGCAACUUGAGCAGGCCCAUGGAAGAGCCUGCUCAGACUCUGAGCGCGCGCUUGUGAGCGGCCAGCUGACAUUCGUUGUGUUGCCACAUUGGUGUUUGCUUUCGCGUUCAAACACACAAGUAGAGCACCUGCUAUGCCAGGCCCAAUGGAGUCCCUGGACGGUGCGCCCACGUCGGACAGGCAUGUCAAUGCAAAUCACGGCGCUGCAGUGGGACAAAAUGGCGCCCAUUGGGGUGAGAUCAUAACACCAGCAGCAAGCAUGGAAACGGGAACAGGAAGAGGGUUCAAUGAAAGCACAGGAAUGGGGACGGUGGCUUCAAAGUUGGAACCAAUAGAGCUGGAAACGGAAACAGACGCCGAUUCCGAAACUUAUCACUCUAGUGAUGAGGCAAUUGAGAGCAGCUUACAGGAUGUGGUGGAGGAUGUAUCUCUUGAUGAACGCGGAAGCGCUGGAGAAGAUCAUGAGAGCAAGUCGAAUGGCGAAGCUGCGACCCUUGCGAAGAUGGAUCUGGAAGAUUACAAGGUGAACCAAACUUCAAUCGAGGCAGAGUUGGGGUUGAAUGUUGGGCAACUGAAAAAAGUCACAGAGAGAGGGUUGGAAGCAAGCACCACAUUGAAAGAAGACUUGAUGGCGACAGACGUUGAAUCGGAAGCCAAGCAGCUGAAUGGUCCAGCAGUUGCAGCCAAUGCAGGGUUGGAAGCAGGAACAGAAUCAAACGAGGGUUUCAUGGAAAUUGACCUGGAUUUAGCAUCUGAGCAGCCUGGUGAUGCAAAUGAUGGAGGGUUGGAAGCAGGCAGCACUUUAGUGGACUCCACGAUGGCCCUUGAGCAAGCUGGAGACGGGAGUCGGAUUGAACAGGAUCAGCUAAUAGUUGCACCGGAGGUUGCUUCUGGAGCUACAGCAGGAGUAGCCCUCCAGAACGAAGAGCAUCAGCCAAGACUUUCUGCUGAUGACAGGUCGGGCGCUGCCACAGAAUUGGUUUCUGAGCAAACAGGAGAGGAACAGCGUGCUGAAUCUCGGAGACCUUCAGCAAGCGGGGCUGGUACCCAUGGAAUCCUGCAGAAAGCCACAGAUCUGACAGAGAGGCGGGAGUCGGAGCCAGCUUUGGUGCCAUCAGAACCUCCCCCUCUUGGAAGUGUUGAUGAGCAGUCACAGCAGGGACCUACAGAGGAAGCUGAUACUGGGCGCAUCCCAUUCUUUAUCAUCACGAACACCGGUCGGAAAGCCGCCUCCCCCAGGCUCUCCAACGAGACCAUCGACUUCCCGGGAGCCCGAAUCUCUGCCGACAAAUUUGUCGGUCUGCGAUAUGUCAGGGAGGGGGGUGACGUUUCCCAGAGCGGUUCGGCAAGCCCCGGUGUGCGUCUUCUCGGCGCCAUCCAGGACUUUCCAUCCAGGACUGCAGUGGCAGCGGGGAAGACUGUGACAAGCCUGCUGUCAGUUCUGCCAUCUCCAAGAAGGAGCUCAAGCGGAGGGGAGAAAGCUGUGGCGGAUCCAACAGAGGCAGGCCGAGGGGGCCAGGAAAAAGAGACAUCCACACCCCGUGACGGCAGUGCGUCUGCGGCAGAGGGGCCAGCCAGCACCAGUGGCUCUGGCAGCAGGCGCCAGUCCGUCGACAGCCCCGAGUUGCACGUGUGGGAGAUUAUCUGGAAGGACCACAGCAAGCACACGCAGGACCGGCCUGGCGGAACCCUGCAGCAGGUCCAGUUCGAGACGACGAAGGCAGGCUUCCGCUUCAUCCAGCGCAUCAUCGACAUCUGGUCUCUCGAAGCCACUGAGACGUCCGCCAUGACCGAGGCCGCCAAAGCCGCACUGAAAGCCCAGGAUCUGCUUGACACCAACACGGACUACCCCUUCUCUAAGCCGGAAACCCUUACUGCUGCCAAUAAUAUCUUUCCCCGAAGUCUUUUCGGCAAGGUGCGGGGAACCUCGAACGGCACACCUAACCAGCCUGAGGCGCUGUCGCGCGCCGCAAGCGAGGACUUGCAAGCGAGCGCCUCCGAGGUCGAGCGUACAAAGUCGGGUUUGUCGGUUGCCGAGCGGACGGAGUCGGGGGUGUCGGUUGCAGAAAGCGUCGAAAGUCUUUCGUCAGCGAAAAGUGGCGCGUCUGCGGGCGGCGUGGCGAUUGCGUUGGUUGCGAGCGGGACCAAAAAUGGUUAUGGCGGGGGUUUGCAGCACGUUAUGAUUCCUGAGUCGGAUCCGGUUGCGGGGCUCCCCCCUCCGGAGAAGCCGGGGGCGCCGCUCGUGGAGGGGCGCUUCCUGCCGAACAUGUCCCCGCACUCGCACGUGCUGCAGCAACCGCACAUACGUGCGCUAGCCGCGGCCUUGCCAGUCCGCUUCCGGUUGUCGCCCUGGGUGCUCUUGUAUAGUACGUGGCGGGAUGGCAUCAGCUUGCAAACCAUGUACCGGAAAGCCGCCAAGAAGGGGCCCUGCGUCCUGGUCAUCCUUGACACGAAACACAACGUGUUUGGUUGUCAUACCUCGGAGAGCUGGAAAGUCCACCCGCGCUACUAUGGCAGUGGGGAGAGUUUCGUCUUCCAGCUUUACCCCGAGAUGCGCAUCUACCGAUGGACGCGGGACAACAACUACAUCAUGUUUGGCACGCCGGACUCCAUCCACAUAGGCGGCGGGAGCCACUUUGCGCUGUCGGUCAGGGGCGACCUCCUCAGCGGUUGCACGGGCGCCUGCGAAACGUUCGGCAACGGCCCACUAGUCAAGCCUGAGGAGUACGGGAUCCUGCACGUGGAGCUGUGGGGCUUUCAGUGACACCACGGGGAGCUGCCGCCGUGUGCUGUCGUUGUGAAGCGCAUUGACGAGAUUGGGGUUCGCCCUGUGUUCAGGGAGCAAGGUGCUACCGCGUCAGUACAACCUGAGGUCCAGAGCUUAUCCAAAAGCACGCCUAAGUUGAGCACGCUGUAGGUCAAACGGAUCCACCGGUUGUCAGCAGUCUGCUGGCCUCCGACUCUACUUCACACCGGUUAGUGAUGUCAGAUUCGAUCAGAUCAAACUGACCAUGCCCGAUCCGUACCCGGAUGUUGCACCAAUACCUUGGAAGUACUUGAUCUGAUUGUUUCUCGCAUCUGAGUCCUGCCGAAGUCGAGGUCAAAAAGAUGCACAGAAAUUUUUCGCGGCGAGCUAAGUAGCUCGUUUCCGCCAAUGAAGGCCGACACGACGGUCAAAGAGAUUGCCAAGUUUGUGUGAAGCCCAAAAUUGACUCAGGGAUCCGACAUGCCGCCCAAUCAAGGUGUAAGUCCAGGCUUCUCUAACUCUUCUCGACUGUCCGAAUAGAGCGCGGGCCUUGAUACCAGGUCUCCGG